AUGUCUGUGCCCUCACCGAUGUCCCCUUCAAGCUUCAGCAAGUCUCUCCUCUUUGCCUCCCCGACGCCUACACAAACAUCGACAGCCAGACAUGAGCGCCAACAAUCGUACUCUCCUACAGCAACCUUCAGCGCUGUCCCCUCCCACCUCCGCACCCAUUCACUCCAGCGACAGGCAAGUACGUCCAGUACCUUUGCACCCAAAUUCAUCAAAUCCGACGAAAUGAGGAAAAGCGAAGAUAGAAUUUCAGCCAUUGAAGGCGAGAAUGACUUCUCUGGAAAGCGCUACGUAUGGGUUAAAGAUCCUGAAAAAGCAUUCAUCCGGGGUUGGAUAACAGAAGAUCUUCCGGGGAAUAAGGUCCUCGUACAGUUCGACAAUGGCUCAUCAAUAGAGGCCGAUGUCGACGAGGUGGAUAAGGUCAACCCAGCAAAAUUCGACAAGGCCGAUGACAUGGCAGAACUCACCCAUCUCAACGAAGCUUCAGUCAUCCACAAUCUGUACACCCGAUAUCAGGCUGAUCUGAUCUACACAUAUUCCGGCCUGUUCUUAGUGGCCAUCAAUCCUUACUGUCCCUUGCCUAUCUACGGCAACGACUACGUGCGGAUGUACAAAGGCCAAACCCGAGAAGACACUCGUCCCCAUAUCUUUGCUGUCUCAGAUGCCGCCUUCCGCCGUUUGGUCGAAGAGGGAGAGAAUCAAAGUAUAUUGGUGACCGGAGAGUCUGGAGCGGGCAAGACCGAGAAUACGAAGAAGGUCAUCCAAUACCUCGCUGCGGUUGCCACAUCAGAUCUGGACACGCCCCUGACAGGUAGGACGCCGGGAAAACAGCUUUCAAAUCUCUCCCAGCAGAUCCUUCGCGCCAACCCGAUCCUGGAAUCGUUUGGCAAUGCUCAGACCGUCAGAAACAACAAUUCCUCCAGGUUCGGCAAAUUCAUUCGCAUUCAGUUCACUCGAUCUGGGCAGAUUGCUGGUGCCUUCAUCGAUUGGUAUCUGCUCGAAAAGUCUCGGGUGGUAAAAAUCAGCCAGCAAGAAAGGAGUUACCAUGUUUUCUACCAGCUACUGGCAGGAGCGGAUCAAAGAAUGAGAGAUGCAUUGCUUAUUUCAGGCAUGGACGUGGAGGAUUUUGCAUAUACACGAGCCGGUAAUGACACCAUUGGCGGCGUGUCGGAUCGAGACGAGUGGAACACGUUGAUUGAAGCAUUCCACAUCAUGAAUUUCUCCGAAAAAGACCAAAUGGCCGUUUUCAGGACCGUCGCUGCCAUCUUACACCUGGGCAAUGUUGCGGUCCGGCAAGAGAGCAGAGCGGCAGACCAGGCUUCGCUCGCCCCAGAAGCUCGAACUUCGGUAGACAAGGCAUGCCGACUAUUGGGUGUCCAACCAGACCCGUUCGUGAAAGCCCUUCUACACCCCAAAGUCAAAGCCGGGCGGGAAUGGGUGGAGAAAACCCAGACCCCAGAGCAAGUGCGUCUUGCCUUGGAUGCUCUGGCGAAAGGCAUUUAUGAGCGUGGCUUCGGGGACCUCGUCUCAAAAAUCAAUCACCAACUGGACAGAGGAGGGGUCAGCAGCGAUGACAGCCACUUUAUCGGAGUACUUGACCUUGCUGGUUUCGAGAUUUUCGAGACGAAUAGCUUUGAACAACUCUGCAUCAACUACACCAACGAGAAGCUCCAGCAGUUCUUCAAUCACUACAUGUUCGUUCUAGAGCAAGAGGAAUAUGCUCGUGAGCAGAUUGAGUGGCAAUUCAUUGACUUUGGCAAAGACCUCCAGCCGACGAUCGAUCUGAUUGAGCUGCCCAAUCCAAUCGGGAUCUUUUCCUGCCUCGACGAAGAUUCGGUAAUGCCCAAGGCUACAGACAAAUCCUUCACGGAGAAGCUCAAUUCCUUGUGGGAGAACAAGACGCCAAAAUAUGCACCUGCCCGUACUCGGCAGGGGUUUAUUCUUACACACUACGCGGCGGAGGUCGAGUAUUCCACCGAAGGCUGGUUGGAAAAGAACAAAGAUCCUUUGAACGAUAACCUCACUCGGCUGCUGGCUGCGUCGAAAGACGAGCACAUCGCCAGCCUCUUUUCCGACUGUGUUGAUGAAGUCGACGAGCCGUACAGCCCCCGAAGUCGCGUCAAGAAAGGCCUGUUCCGCACCGUGGCGCAAAGACACAAAGAACAAUUGAGUAUUCUGAUGAGACAGCUGCACUCCACCCAACCUCAUUUCGUCCGCUGCAUUCUACCCAACCACAAGAAAAAGCCCAAGCAGUUCGUUGCUCCGCUGGUCCUGGACCAGCUCAGGUGCAACGGCGUGCUUGAAGGGAUCCGAAUAGCACGUACCGGCUUUCCCAACCGUUUGACUUUCGCAGAAUUCCGGUCAAGAUACGAGGUGUUGUGCGAAAAUAUGCCGAAAGGAUACCUAGGAGGCCAGGAGGUUGCAAAGAUUAUGCUUGAUCGACUGAAGAUGGAUCAGUCCAACUACCGCGUCGGUCUCACGAAGGUCUUCUUUCGUGCAGGAGUGCUGGCCGAUUUGGAAGAGCAACGUGACAGCUUGAUCCGGGAGAUCAUGUCCAAUUUCCAAUCUGUUGCUCGAGGCUUCAUGCAACGGCGCUUGGCCUUCAAACAGCUGUAUCGUGCAGAAGCCACAAGGGUCAUUCAACGAAAUCUCAACGUGUACCUUGACCUCCAAGCCAAUCCGUGGUGGCGGCUCUUUGUCCGGAUGAAACCUCUGCUGGGAGCGACUCGAACCGCAAGCGAAGUCAAAAAGCGAGACGAGAAGAUCGAGCAACUGCAAGCGAAGGUGAGACAAGACGCAGCCGAGAGACAGCGGGUGGAAGAAGAACGGAGGCGGGCAGAAAUUGAAGCCCACCGAAUCCAACAGACUUUGGAUUCAGAACGAGCACUGGCUCUGGACAAAGAGGAGAUUUUCAAGCGAUUACAAUACCGAGAAAACGAGCUGAGCGAGAAGCUGGCCGAAGCGAUUGCCGAGCAAGAGACCCUGGAAGAUCAAUUAGACGAGGCAUUGGAUUGCAAAAAGAAGACCGAAGAAGAGCUGGUCACUCGUCGGGAACAAGUUUUGCAAGCUGGCCAGAUCAUAACGAGACUGGAAUCGGAGAAGAAAGAGCUUCAACGACAGAUCGACAAACUGGAAGACGAGCUGGAGAGUGUGGAGAAGUCGCAUACUCAGAACGAUGACCGGCUCGAAACCAUCAGUCAGGAGCUUCGUUCGUUGCGAAGCAAUCUGAGCGUGAAAGACCGCAAGAUAUCGGAGCUCGAGGCGAAUCUCCACCAAGCGGAAAAGGACAAGGAAACGCGCACCUCGAGCCUGGAGCAAGAAGUUCGAUCUCUGAAGAGCCAAAUCUCACAACGCGACCGGGCAACGGAAGGUCUUGAGCAAGAACUUCGGUCACUGAAGAGCCAACUCUCCCAGAAAGACAGAACGACUGAAGACUUGGAGAAGAAACUUCACCGUGCCGAGUCCCUCCGAGCGGAAGAGAACAGGAAGCAGGCAGAGGACUUUGACGUGCAAGUCCGCUCUCUACGGAAUGAACUCAAUGCCAAAGAACGCAAACUGCAGGAGCUCGAGACCGCACUGUCCAAGAUUGACAAGGACGCCGAGGCCAAACUGGCGCAAGCCACGGGCGAAUUGAACAACACCAAGAAGCUGCUCCGAGAAACCCAAGGCCAGAAUGAAGAGCUUAGGAAUCAAGUCACGAGCAUGUCCCUGGCCUCCGCCAAGCACGAAGAGUCACUACGUCGCAAGGAAGGCGAGGUAUCGGCCAUCAUGGCGGACCUGGAACAGCACCAGCGCGAGAAGGCGGAUUUGCGGAGAGAAAAUGACCGGCUGAAGGGAGGACACGAGGGCUUGGCUGCGGAAAAGAGAGAGGUAAUGGCACAGAUGGAAAAGAUGCGGGAGCAGAGAACUAGGAUGGAACGGGAGGCGGUGGAAGUCAAGAAGUGUCUGGAAAGGGUGAUGCCCUUUUUCUCGCAGAACUUCACAUGA